GAUCAUCACUCAUCUCUCUUAGUCUCUUCUAAAGCAAACAAAAAAAAUAUAAUAAGAAUGAAAAUGAUGGUUACAUUCGUGAUUUCUUAUUUUAUGUUGCUGAACUUGAACCCCUUGGAGGCCCAACUCUCGGUUGGGUUCUACGCCGAUAAAUGCCCAACAGCAGAGUCAGUAGUUCGGGCCGUGAUCAGAAAUAAGGUCACAACCGAUCCGCUAAACGCCGCCGUUUUACUACGAUUGCAGUUUCACGACUGCUUUGUCCUGGGUUGCGAUGGCUCAAUUUUACUACGACACAACGCCGGUGAGUCUGCUGCUCCGGGAAACGCCGGAGUCGGUGGAUUCUCCGCCAUUGAAGACGCGAAAGCGGCCGUGGAGGAAAUAUGCCCUGGAGUAGUCUCCUGCGCAGAUAUAGUCGCCUUGGCAGCUCGGGACGCCGUCUCCUUGACGAACGGCCCCUUCUUCGAAGUUCCGACUGGUCGACGUGACGGCCGGGUCUCGAGAGCGGAGGACGCCGCCAACUUGCCGGACUCGGAAGACAGCAUCGAGAUCCUCAAAUCGAAGUUCGGCGAAAAAGGAUUGACUGAGAAGGACCUGGUCCUUCUCAGUGCUGGUGCACACACAAUCGGACAAGCAGCCUGCUUCUUUGUGAAUCAGAUGCUGGAUUCAGCUCCACCGAUUAGCCCGGAAUUCUUCGGGAAUUUGCGAUCGAGAUGUCCGGAGGGCGGCGACGUUAACGUGAAGCUUCCGUUGGACUGGGACGGUGAGCUUCUAUUCGACACCCACAUAUUCACCAACAUCAAGUCGGGCCGAGCAGUUAUAUCAUCAGACGCCGUGCUAUACCAAGAUCCGGCAACGAAGAAGCUUAUUGACGCGUACGCGACAAACAGCUCUGCUUUCGCCGCUGAUUUCGCCGGAGCGAUGGUGAAGUUGGGUCGUCUGAACGUCAAGCUCGGCGGUGAAGGCGAAGUCCGACGAUUCUGUAAUAUCCCUAAUUAGUAAUUAUGUAUUGGUUGAACCGGAUGUUGGGUUGAACCGGAUGUUGGGUUGUACCGGAGGUUUUAAAACUAUAAUAAUGAAUUGAAAACUACAUUAUUGAUUCCAA